AUAACCACCACAAACUCCAACGGUUCUCUGUUCUCUCGGCAUUUGCAAGCUUCAUUCAUUCAUUCAUGGCUACCGAACUCUUCUUCACUCCCGUUACCAAUCUUCCUCGCCCACUUGUAAAUUUCCCAGAAAACCCGCUAAGAAUCCCUCUUCUUACACUUCCACCCCUUACUACAUCUUCUGGGUUUUCGUCCUUGAAGACUGUUUCAAGCUCCAAAGCUGGAUCAUCAUCAGCUCUUCGCACUGUGCAAGAAGUGAUUCAAGCUCCAAAUUCAGAUUCCCAAACUGCCCCUCCUUCGUCUUCUAAGCUUGUUCUUGUUGUUGGUGGCACUGGUGGUGUGGGGCAAUUGAUAGUGGCAUCGCUGCUUAGCCGGAAUAUCAAAGCACGGUUAUUAAUCAGAAAUCCUGAGAAAGCAGUUACUCUGUUCGGCAAACAUGAUGAGGAAAACCUGCAGGUAUGCAAAGGUGACACUCGGAACCAGGAGGAUGUAGAUCCAUCUAUAUUUGAGGGUGUUACACAUGUUAUUUGCUGCACGGGAUCGACAGCAUUCCCUUCAAAGAGAUGGGAUGGGGAUAAUACACCAGAAAGAGUAGAUUGGGAAGGUGUGAGAAAUCUUGUGUCUGCACUGCCCUCUACACUGAAGAGAGUUGUUCUUGUUUCAUCAGUUGGUGUAACCAAGUUCAAUGAAAUACCAUGGAGCAUCAUGAAUCUAUUUGGUGUUCUCAAAUAUAAGAAAAUGGGGGAAGACUUUCUUCGCAAUUCUGGUCUUCCAUAUACAAUAAUCAGACCUGGUAGACUGACAGAUGGACCUUACACAUCAUAUGACCUCAAUACUUUGCUCAAAGCUACAGCUGGGAAACGUCGUGCAGUUCUUAUAGGCAAAGGUGAUAAACUUGUUGGAGAGGUCAGUAGACUUGUGGUUGCAGAAGCUUGCAUACAGGCACUUGACAUAGAAUUCACAGAAGGAGAAAUCUACGAGAUCAACUCAGUUGAGGGGGAGGGUCCAGGAAGUGAUCCCCAGAAAUGGCGAGAACUGUUUAAAGCUGCAGGAGGUCAAUGAUCAGCCUCAGAAUAUAUCACUGGAUUCAGGAUACAUGUACACAACUAUGAUAAAUAAUAUUGUUUUAUCAUAAGGUUUAGUUUAUGAAGUACAUUUAAUUUCCAACAACAACAAAGGAAAUAAUUGAUUUGGAUUGACAAGUUA